GCCGGGCACGCCUGAGGUAGGACCAGUCGGUCAGUACUGCAUAUGGUGCCACAGUGAGAGGACGGACCGCUGAGGCUCUCAUCAUCAAGAGAAAGCAAGCGAAGACCUGAGAGAGAGAGAGGCGGCCGGAACAGUGACAUGAAGACCCAUUGUAGUGGGAGCCUCGUCCUGGAAUGGUGGCGUCCUAUUGUUGUCAUCCUCACGCCCCUCAUCCUAUCCUUCCUGCUUAUUCUCGCCCCUAGCCCCGAAGCGCGAUGCGCUUACGUCAUCAUGGUAAUGGCAGUGUACUGGAUGACGGAGGCGCUUCCACUGGCGGUGACGGCUCUGGUGCCGGUGUUCGCCUUUCCCCUACUGGGGGUGCUCUCCACGGGCGCCGUCUGUCAGGUCUACCUGAAGGAUACCAACGUCAUGUUCAUGGGCGGUCUCAUCAUGGCGGUGGCCGUAGAGCACUGCAAUCUUCACAAACGCAUCGCUCUCUUCGUCAUACUGCACGUGGGCCAGAGUCCUCGCCUGCUGAUGGCGGGGUUCAUGAUUACUACCACCUUCCUCUCCAUGUGGAUCUCCAACACGGCUGCCGCAGCCAUGAUUGUACCCAUAGUUGAUGCCGUCGUGCUCGAGCUGGCAAAGAUGAAGAUGAUAGAGGCCCGGCGAAAGCAGGAGGGUAUGGAACCUACCCUACAGGAGGUCACUGUGUCACUACCCAAACAGAGUUGUCUCAAGCUCUGUGAUUCUGACGCGACUUUCACCGACAUCAUCUAUAAAGAUGGGACGCCUCAGUUGGACCAGAAGAAAGCAGCGAAGGCGGCAGAGUUCUCGUUGCCAGAGGACGACGAGGACGACGACGACGCUUACGAGGAGUCUCAGUCUGUUAGGAAGAUGUUCUUUUUGUCCGUGGCCUUCGCUGCCAACAUUGGUGGCACCGGGUCGCCCCUCGGCUGUGGCCCAAACCUGGUGGUGAUGGGCAUCCUUCAGAGCACGUUCAGCGAGCCUACUGACCUGAACUUCGCUACUUGGAUGAUGUUCAACGUUCCUGGAAUGAUUUUAUGCUGUCUUCUAGGGUGGUGCUGGCUUCAGGUCCUCUACAUGUGUUGUGGGAACAACAGAGUGCAGAGGUCGAGUCCAGCCCAAGAGCGAGCGAUGAAGACCUUCCUGUGCGAGCACUACGAGUCCCUGGGCAGGAUCACUCAACACGAGCUGGUGGUGCUGCUCUCCUUCACCCUCCUGGUGUUCCUGUGGGUCUUCAGAGCUCCUGGCUUCAUCCCAGGCUGGGCCCAACUCAUCUCCAACACCUUCGAGGAGAAAGUGCUUAUACGGGAUGCAACACCUGUGAUGCUGAUAGUAUUUCUGCUCUUCUGCAUCCCAGCGAGGUCUGAGUGUUGCACAGACCCCAACCCUGACGACCGGAAUAUGAAGAGCAGGCGGCGCUUGGAGACGUGUCUGACGUGGGAGGUGGUUCAUGAGAAGGUGCCUUGGGGUGUGAUCCUCCUGCUGGGGGGAGGGCUGGCCAUGGCCGAGGCUGCCAAGGUCUCCGGGCUCUCCGUCUUCCUGGGCCACCAGCUCCAGCACUUCGUCAUCAUGCCCAAAGAGCUCAUCGUGUUCGUGGUGUGUCUGAUGACCGCCAUGCUCACCGAGGUCGCCUCCAACACCGCCACCGCUUCCGUCCUCCUUCCUGUCAUCAAGGACCUGGCGUUGGGAAUCAACGUUAACCCUCUGUACCUGAUGCUGCCAGCCACAGUCUGCUGUGCCUAUGCUUUCAUGCUGCCUGUUGCCACCCCCGGCAACGCUAUCAUCCUGACAGCCGCUCGCAUGAACACCUACGAGAUGAUGCGGGCAGGACUGGUGAUGAACGUGCUGUGUGUCCUGGUCAUCACCAUCAUGAUCAACACACUCGGGGUCAUCAUUUUCGACCUCAACAACAUUCCUUCAUGGGUCAACUCCUCUACCGCUGCUGUGUUAUGAAUUCCUGUAUCAGGGAUGUAUUGUUCUUAUCCACUGUUAUCUCAGUCCCGUCCUUCACCUGCUGUAGCCCUUGUUAUGCAGCACAUCACAUGGGGUCACGUGACUACACAUCUCUACUCCUGAGUGUGGACACAUUACUGCGAGACAUGAGUCACGUGACUACACAUCUCUACCCCUGAGUGUGGACACAUUACUGCGAGACAUGAGUCACGUGACUACACAUCUCUACUCCUGGAGUGUGAACACAUCACCUGCAUUACUCAUAUCGUCUUAAGAAAACUAGAAAAGGAUUUCAGCACAACCAUAUACGUCUUGAACUUGCUUGUAGGAAAGUAAUUUAUGUGUGCUGUAAUCCCGUCAGCUACUCCUCUGAGACAGAUGUAGACAUUAACACAUGUUCACAUAUGUAGAAGCAUAUUAAUCUGACAGUAAUGUCAGCCGUAAACGUAGGAGUCUUCGCUACAACCAUCUCACUACUUCUAACCAUCUUAUCCACAAGUUUUGUAGGCCUUCACCACCACAAUUUGUACCUCGGCUAACCUUAAAAUAUAGCAUUAUACCACGACCCCUCAUCUCAGGCUCGCGUCACACACCCCACAAUGGCGGCCACUCUUAGAGAGACGCGAGCUGCUGGAGACUCUGUCGCCACUGUCGUCCUCUGCGACACGUGAUCACAAGUGCUCAACACGGCUCUACUCCUUUUGCUCCACUAUGAAUGAAUUGCUGACGCUUUUCACUGUUAUCAGUUACAUUAGCUACCUCCUUUGCCUUGGUUGAGCCACCACCUGGAGCAGUAGUUCUCAAUUGGGGUUUCGGGAGUGCUUAGGUAGGAUUCCGUGAGCGACUCGUAGCAUAGGUCUUAAUAACUCGACUCUAAUGCACUGCUGAUGAAGUCUAUUAACCACUGAUGAUGAAGUGACUUCAUCAGUCACUGCUGAUGAAGUCUAUUAACCACUGAUGAUGAAGUGACUUCAUCAGUCACUGCUGAUGAAGUCUAUAAGUAAUAACUUCCAUUGUAUAUCUGUUUCAGAAUUAGAAUGUUUACAUUUAAUAAUUGUGCGGCUUAAAAAUUAAAAACACAGUUGAGAACCACUGCUGUACGUAUAAAUAUUUAUAUAUUUAUGGAUAAAUAUAUAAAUAUUUAGUUAACAGAGAAAAUAUCAAAACUAUUCCAUUCACCUGGGCUCUGGGAGACUCGAACCGUAGACCCCACGUGUGUGAGGCCGAAGCUCUAUCCACCGAACUACUGAGUAGCCUUAAUAAGGAAAUAUAGCUUUGAUCAAAGCUAUACAAUGGGUUCGAACCUGCGCCUGUGGACUCCUCAAGCACACUCUGGUUUAAUUGUUGUUGUUGUUAAGAUUCGCUACUUGGAACAAAAAGUUCCAAGUAGCACGGGCUAUGGUGAGCCCGUAGUGGACUUACCUAGCACAGGAGCGGGGCUGUAACUUGACCUGUCUGGUUUAAUCCCAUUGUACGGCUGUAUUUUCUCCUUGAUAUAUCACCUUCUUGUGAUUCCAUUGUGUAUUAAGUUAGGAGUUUAUGAGCCAAAUACAGUAUUAAUAAAGGCAUGUAUAUCAGGUUGGAGGUGCUAUAAUAUAGCAAUACUUGGUAAUGACCAAUAACAAGACACAUACCUCAACACACACAGAGAUCACACUAACGUGAUGCAUCAAAUGAACAAAUCCACAAGGGCCGUGACGAGGACGCAGGUUCGAAUCCUCGUCACGGCCCUUGUGGAUUUGUUCACACAUACUUCAAGCCAACUACAGUAUGGCGGCUUCUCGGAUCAUUUAUUUUUGUAUCCGAAUAUUUACCUUCAGUAAACGGCUCAGGAAUUUAUUUCAUAAAAGAAAAGUGUUGAGGAAAUGUAAUCAAUAGUAAUCAAAUUACAACUACGAGGUCAUAGGCGGAUUAUUGGUGACUUUUUAUAAGUUGAAUUUAGUAUCUACUAUGAUACGAACUGACGUGUUGAAUCACUUGGACUGUGAUAAAUGGUUGAGUAAUUAGUAAUACACAUAACUGGGUUUGGCAGUGGUUAAACAAUUAUUUAUUAACAUUAUAGAUUUAUUAUGAGUAGGCUGCAAUGGUCUUUCUACGUUAUAUUUUAUCUAUAGUAUAAAAAAAAUCCAGUUUAAAAAGUGUUUUAAGUGGUUGAUAUUAGUGAAACAGUUUGGUUAUUGUUGUACACUGUGAGCCCCGUACUAGCUCACACACUGUUUAACCCCUGAUACUUUGUCUUCAGAAAUCCAACAUUGGCUGUAUCUUAAGAUUUUAGUAAAUGCAAACAAGUGGAGCUCCGCUUUGUAACUAGUCAUAUGGGUAUAUAAUUCAUGAAGUUGACGAUGAAACAGCAAAAUGUGCAUUCAUCAUGAACUUGUUCCAUUCACAUAUUAGAGUAUUCAAUCAGCAGGUGUUUUUCAGUAAAGAGGCAUUACACAGAUUCGUCUACUUGGAGAUGGCUGUUAAUAUGAUGUGGCCAAUUCUUAGAAUUAAAAGCAGUUUCCAAUCCACGUUGAAUUGGGAAAAAGAGUCUAUAAAUAAUCUAUUCUAGCCUAGUGUGGAACAUUGCUAUUUUUGGUAAACAAAAAAGUUAACUUUAGCUUAGUUCCAGAUUUAUUUAUUUGUAUUUAUCAUUAAGAGACGAUCUCAAACACUAUUAUAUUUAAUCACAUUUUUAGGAAAACUGGAAAGUAGAUGAGUGUCCAACCUCUCUCCUCUAAACAACAAAAUUCAUCAUAUUAUAUAACUGAUAUCCAAACGCUUGUUUCUUAUUCUUUGUUUGUUUGUACGUUAUAUGAAGCAGAGUCAGUUUGUUUUUUUAUAUAAGUUUGUAGGUAAAGGGAAGUGGAGCCACUUUAACAUAACUAUUCUUCUCCAACCAAUGGGUUCUCUUGGGACAUAGACUUAAUGACACAGAGUUCUUUGUGAUGUAUAAGUUACAGCAAUCAGUGAAGGUACCUCCUCUUCCAGCCAUCACUGGUGGAAAAUAUGGUAGUAAUUCAUACAUGUCAAUGAACAGUGGCAUAUCAUGACAUUACUUUAUCUCAAGAUUCCAUGUUAAAACAUUUGGUGCUCAUUUUUAGGUAAAUUAUUUCAGUUGCACUAUAAAUAUGUAAUGACCGCAAUUUGUGUAAUAUGUUCUAUCAUUUGGGUUGAUUUCUGUUACAACUAAAAUCUAUAACAGAUUGAAGAGGAAAAAGUCUUGUGUGUAACAGUUGUGAUGAGUGAUGCAGAUGUCGUCCAGUUCCCACGGUGUGAACCUUCUCUUCCCCAUCCCCACACUUUCUGCCCCAACCCUUCCUCAUGACAGAUCUACCCUACCCUAACCCUUCCUCAUGACAGCUCUACCCUACCCUAACCCUUCCUCGUGAUUGUCCAAGACACUUUCCUUCCAUGUACCCAGGGCUACUAUUUUGUCUUUCUAUUUAAAUCUCUCUUCCAUGGACAUUCCGUCUAUUCUUUUCCGACGUUCUCCUUUUCUCCCCUAACAUUCCGUCCUGUGUCUUCGAAGACAUUCCGUCCCCUCUGUCUCCCGACGCCCCGUCCGUUCCCACUCCUUCCAUUCUGACCUCAGUACGAGAGUUUUCCCCUUACCCUAUAACCAUGCCUUGGUCUCUAAUAUAACCCGGGAGGCUCCAGUCGUCUAACCCUUCCCUUACCGUGCCUGGGGUGUCAUAUAUGCCACGGGAGCCUCUACCCGGCCUGGAGACGGAUAUACCAACGUUCACGCCACGUGUAACAUGUGUGUGGCCCUCGCCCCCCUGAGGGGAAGCCGUGCCUCUGUACCUUAUAUCAGUUGUUCAGUGUCUAUUGUAGACACUGUUAAUAUAUUUUUGUCCAACUUGCUCAAGAAUAGUAAAUAUUAUACAGUCAA